ACAGUCGGACACAAUUCACCGUUGCACACAGUUGUUUUGUUUACGGAUAACGAGGAGCUAGCUCAGCUAGCCUCACACCGAAAAUACAUAACGUAUCUAUUAUUUUUUUGUAAACUUACUGUUGGUUACACUGUCGCUCACAUUGAGAAUGAAACCGGCCGUGGACGAGAUGUUCCCGGAGGGAGCGGGACCGUACGUGGACCUGGACGAGGCAGGAGGCAGCAGCGGCCUGUUGAUGGACCUUGCAGCCAAUGAAAAGGCAGUGCACUCUGACUUCUUUAAUGACUUUGAGGAUCUUUUCGAUGACGAUGACCUGCAGUGACGACGACAAUGACUCCCACAAACACCUGCAUGAUCGUGUACAUAAAGAAAAAGAAAUUGUGGAAUAUGAGCUGAUUCUGAUUACAAGCUCGCCCCUAUCUGUACAGCCCCCUCCUCCUCCUCCUCCUCCUCCUCCAUGUCAGUCACCACCAUAUUGAAAUAAAGCUUCUUUUUUGUUUUUACACAAAAAAAAAAAAAAAAA